GCAUUUUCCGAUGUUGUGCUGCAGCCGUUCAAAUUAUACGUAUUCACUGUUGUCUAGAAAUAUUUUCAUAAUGACCUUUCGCAUAGUGUACAGAAUUAUUGUCGUGUCGUGAACAUAGCUUUGUAAAUACUGUAUUAUAUAGCUUAUAUUCGAUAGAGCUUUCGAGGACCAAUAACGUUGUCUUUUCGUAUCGACUUGUCUAGUAGGUGAAGGUAAAGAGAAUUUGUACAGAGAUCCUAUACUAUUACAAUGGAUCCCGAUAGUUCCAGUGACAGUAACAGGGACACGCCCAAGGACCUGGGUGAAGUCAUUACUCGCACAGACACCCCGGGACCCAUGCCAACCUACCAUUACCCUCGGGACACACUUUUUGAACUUCAGUUUUGUCCUUUAUCUAAGAAGAGGCCAUCUUGUUUGUCAGAAGAAUUCAACACCCUUGAUGGAUUAUGGGACCCUGACAGGUGGUCAAGGUCGUUCGACACAUCACGAAACAACUCGCCAAUCACUGUGGGUGAUCGUGACAAGAAACGUAUGGAGAUACAGAUUGAGAGAGACUAUCUGAUGAGGAGACGACCAUCCGCAGAUCCAAAGGAACGACUAAAAGAGGAAAAAGAUGGGAUUGUUUUGAGUCCACAGCGAAGAAGUUUUGGUACUGGCUGUCAUGUGUCACAGCCAACUUUGACACGCCAGAUCAGUUGUCCCUCUGACUUCAAGGACGGAAGUGAUCGUGACAGAGGACCAAGGAGAAUCGGAAGUGGACGAAUUCAACUUGAUCGUGACCGGGGAGAGGUGACACGUGAACGGGGAGGAGAGCGCGACUUUCGUGCCAUCAGAGAUAGAUUUGACCGUGAUGACAGAGAUAGAGACCGGGACCGACGUUAUGAUCGUGAGUGGGAGAGAGAAGGUCGGGACAGCCGUGAUCCUCGGGACCGGGGAUUCAGGAGGGAAUACGAAGAUAGAGACAACCGGAGGGACUUUGGAAAUCGGCAUUUUUCCUCAAGAGAUAUGCGACGGAAAGACUACCAUCAUGAGGAUGAGCCUGAAUGGUUUACAGAAGGUCCUGUUAGUCAGCAGGAUACCAUUGAGCUCAGGGGAUUUGAGCGGGAAAAAGAAAAGGAGACUCGGCACCAGAUAAAGGAGAUCGAUGAAGAGGAAGAUGCAGAUGGAAGUGCCCAUGAACAAAAGACUAGUGUGGCUGAUGUGGCUGACAGAAAUGGGAGCUUGGAAACAAAUGAACCAAGUUCCCCUGAGGAGUCCAACCAUUCUGACAGCAUGCGAACUACCAGUCCUCAUAGCAACAUCUUUGACUUCAAUGAGUUCUUCAAGAUUGAUAACCUGCCUGGUUUGAAUCAAGAGGGUCCUAUUGCCAGUGCUGACAUUCCUGUGGUACAGAGUAGAUUCAGUCAGUGGUUUGGAGCAAAACCUGGUGGCAGUCUGAACGGUAGCAGGCACAACAGUCGACACAACAGUCGACACAAUAGCAGGCACAAUAGUAGACGCUCCUCCCUGAAUGAUGAUUUCGGUUACAUAGUUAACGAUCUCCUUGGUGGUACACGAAGCCCCAAUAUUUCCUCCCCUUCACCCGACCAACCAAUUUUUGACCAGUCUGUGUUUUCACCAGCUAACAGCACCUUUGCAGAUAAACCACAACAUCAUAGCAUCGACUUUACUGGACUACAGAACAAGGAUGCCAUUGCUCCAAUGCUGAGCACUAUAUUCCAGAAUAACCAUGAGAAACAUCAAAUAGGAAGCAGUAAGUUUGCGAGCAGUAACUUCAGCACCCAAGAUGCAGAGAUCCAGCUAAAGGCAUUGCUAUUUGGGAAAAAGGACUCAACUCCCAGUAGUGGUACCGCUAGUCCGGGCAUGAAUUCCCCUCUAAAUGUACCAGGACGAGCAAAGACUGUGGCAGAACUGGAGGCUGACAUGAACCAGCGGUCUAGUCGGUUACCAGCUCGCUGCUUCACACCACCUCAGCAGCCAGUCCCACCCCCAGAUAACGGAAUGCCACAGAAUUUCCAGCGGCAGCAGCCACCAACACCACAACAUCAGAUGCCGCCACAAUACCAGUCACCGCCUGAACAUCAGCAUGCGCCACUGUACCAGUCACCUCCCCAUCAGCCAAUGGCGCCACAUCACCAGCUACCCCACCAAAUGAAUCUGCAGGAAAUGUCACCACAGGAGAUGCAACAAAUGCACCAACACAUGCAGCAGCAGCAGCAACAGAUGUCACAUCCGAUGCAGCCUCAGCCAUUGACACCUCAGCAGAUUCAUGCCCAUCUGGCACAACAGCAGCCACCGCCCCAGGUUUCCAUCCAUCAGAGUCCCCACUCUACACCUCGUGGAAGUCAGGAUGAGGGUGAUCUCACUGCAUUCAACAAACUGUUGAGUCUGAUGAAGGCUGGAGCAGCAGCUGCUGUGGAAUCGCCUCCAAAGAUGGUGGUUGGGAGACCAGGACAAGCGGUAUCUCCACCGCCACACAUGGCACAGCCUCCAACUCCGAUGUCACACCCUCCCAUGCCACCAAUGACCAACUCCCAAGCUGCUGCUGCAGCUGCUCAGAAUGAGUUUUUCCAGGCUGGUCACUUCCAGGCGUUGCAGAGGAACAAGGAACAGCAGCUUCAGAUCCGACACCAGACUAUGAACCAGAUGAGGAUACAACAAAAACCCAUUGCACCUCAACAACUCCAGACUGCCCCCACUCAGAUGUCCCAGCCACAGGGUAACCAGAAUGGCAAUGCCCCUCCAGUCAAUGACCCCAUCAUCAAUUUUAUCAAGCAGAACCCCACCAUCAUCACCAAGCCAGCUUCACCAACCCCUCCUCCCCAGGGCACUCCCCAGCCACCGCAGAGUGUAUCCUCCAUGAUGGGGAUGAUGCAGACCACAUCCACACCACGAGCCCCGUCCCCAUCGGCUGGGCUGAUGGGACAGAACCUGCUAUCACAGCCUCCCUCAUCACCACGUAUCGCUUCACCCAUCACAUCAUUGUUUGGCCAGCAGCCUCCCAUGCAUCUGAGUGCACCAUCCCCCAUCAACCCCUCACAAAUGGGUCAGUCCUCAUCCAUCACUGUUCCUGCGGGCACAACUCUCACAUCGACAGCGACAAUCCGGCCACCUGUUGUACCACGUGUACCAAGUCCACAAGAGCUGAUUGCACACACUCAGGCAAUCAUGCAGACUGCACUUUUAAAGAAACAACUGGAAGAUCAGCGAGAACGCUUCAUUAGAAAACAACAAGACAGUGUGUCUUACAGGGCCAAAUCUCCCAACCCGAUGGUAUCCAUGAAGCCUGCAGGAUCUAAUGUUACCCAGACACCUACCAUGUCCUUAGCAACAUCCCCGGCCUGCCAGACUCCAAAGCCAUCAGUGAGUGCAGCCUUCACUCCGACAUCAGUGAUGAAGAAAAUGCAUUCUGAUAAAGCAUCGGAAAAAGAGAAACAGCGGCAAGAUAAUGUUGAAGGCGAAAAUGAUAAUGGUGGCCCAAUAAAGCAGCUUAUACCGCUGGACACCAGCCAUAGUGCUGUAGAUAAUUUAGAAUUAAUUCAGAAAAUGAACAUUGAGCAACAAGCCAAAGAGAACAUGCCAGCUACUAUAAUGACAAGUAUGACAACCCACUGUCAGCCUUCGUCGAUGCCUUCAUCACAGUUCAGCAACCAGGACUUGAACAUUUCUGGGAUCAACUCGAUUGCAGCGUCGCUGGCUGGUCACCAAGAUUCGGUAAUCUUGGCUGAACAAUUGAGUCAGUUGUCAUCGCCCACAUCAGUCCAACAGAAGCAGCAGCAGGCACGUGCCCUGAUAGGUCAAGGGGGAUUCCAGAAUUCUCCUGGUCAGCCCGUCGCGGGACCUGUAGCUACUCCAGGCCGACCUAUUGUGAAAGGCAUCACCAUCACCAGUUCUAGUGCUGCCAGCAGUGCAAUGACUCCUCCUGUGGGGAGGCCCAUGAUUGGGGUUCCUCAGAUGUCUACUCCCCAGCUUCAGAGCAAAUCCGCUGAGGGCACUCCCAUAUCACUGCAGACCCCCUCACAACCCCAUCUGCACCGGGCCAUCACUGGAGUGGCCAAUCCCACAUCUGUCCCACAAGUACAGACCCCUGUAGUUCCCCAGCAGAAACAGUUCAGUGUGUCUCCUAGCCCCCUCACCAGGCCCAUCCCCCCUAUGGGGGCUCAGUAUGGCAUUCCAAUCACAGGCCGGAUACCAGUACAACAGGCCAUGUCACCUAACCCUCUCCUCAUGCAACAGAUGAUACAGAGUGGGAUUUCACCCACAGCCGCAGCAAGAGUUAACGCGUUGAACCAGCUGAACCAGAUAAAUCACAUGAACCACUUGGCCAUGCAGCAGCAGCAACCGAGGAUCAUGGACCCUCGCCUGCAAGGGAUGAGGGGGGUUUACCCUACAGUCCCAAACCUCACUCCUCGUAGCUCCGUCAUUCCAACAAGUCUCGGUGUGCCUGUCCGCUCACCAAUGGGAGUCAACGUGCCCAUUGGAAGGGCUGUAUCUCCACACCCGCCAACACAAAAACUUUUAAACGGACCUGUGUCUCCAGGAAUUCCCAUCCACACAUCCAUACCAACCAGUCUACUCAACGGAAACAACAACAUUACCAAACAAGACCCAAACCUUGCCAAGUGGUUUGGUACAGAUGUCCUCAAACAACAGAUGACAUCACUACCCCCUUUACCAGCUUCAGGUCAGAGGAUGAUGACCUUGGAGGAGAUUGAACGUUGCCAGCAACAAGCAGUCAUUAAUUGAACACUUGUGACAAUUGAAACUGUUUUUGACAGAUAGACAAUGCCAACAUUCUCUGCUGUAAAUAUUCCUGUAGAAUCUGAUACGUUUUAGUGUCGUUUACAUGUGGUUUGUAUGAUUAGUGAUUAUGUGUGGAUAAUUUUUUGUUUCUGUUUCAUCAUAACCACACUUUCAAUUACUGUAAGAGAUUCCAGUUUUUGGUCUCUGUGGCAAAAAUAGACUUGAAAAAAUUGUUUGAUCUCGUGUAUCCAUAUACUUAAUUGCUAGGUAAGUCCUGGUGUUACCCAACAUGUGGAGUUUUUGUCCUACCUCUAUUGCAGAUAUCAACUUUGUGAGACUUUAUGAAAAAAACUAAUAUUAUUAUAUUAGGUUUGAUCAUAAAACAGACUACAUCUGGAUUUUAUUUCAAGACUAUAAAUAAUCUUUUAAAAAUUAUGUAAUAAUUUUGAACAUCAUAUAACUUGUACCCUUAUAUUUCCUUAAAUAAACACUGCUAUUCCAUGUAAAUUUAAUAGAAAGAAAUAACAUGCAUAUCUUUAUCACAUUAUCUAGAUAUUGGGCUUUGUGAAAAGCUGCAACCAUUUGUAUUUUGUUUUUCAUGUACACAUCCCAUGUGUGAUGCCAUUAUAAAUUCAUUUAGUGAUAUAGCGAUAUCCAAAUGUGCCAAGAUUUUGACUGCUAUAUAUAUGAAAGGGUAGGCAGUUGUACAGAUUGUAUAUAUAUGUAUAUGUGAAGGUAGGGAUAGUGCUCGUUACAAAUUGAAGUAGAUUCCUGAAUUACUGUCGUCAUUGGCAGAAUAUCACUCCAUGUAAAACUAAUAUUGAUGUUAGAGGAGGGUUUGGUGUUAAUAUAUUUGGCUGUUUUUGCUUAAUGCUUUAUUUUCCAAUUGACCUGUUGUGUAAUACACUGCCGCAAAGUAACGUUUUAGAUUGCUUUCGAGCUGUUUCAGUAUUAAGCAAACUUGUAAAAUAACUCCAUCAUCGGCUUUGACAAGAUUUAUUGUAGUAGCAAUUUAACAUAGCAUUCAAAAUAAAAAUGCAUUAGAAAUUUGUAUUGUCGGGAACAAAUUUGUUUUCUGUGUAUCUAGAACCAAUCAUUCAGCUAUUGCUUAAAGUAAGACAGCUGAUCAUAUAAAGGUUUAAAUACUAGUAUUGAAUGUAUCAAGUUAACAUACGUGUGGCCAGUUAUUAUAUGUAACAAUGACUGAGUAAUUCAUAUUUCAUAUAUUUACAGAAAAAAACUGUACAAACAAUUUCAGGGAAACUAUUUCUGAACUUUAUUCAAGUAAGUACUAUUUUCAGGGAUUGAGAAGGGCAAGUCUAGAUAUGGGCCAUUUACACGUUACAGAUAUUUAUCUUCAACAAGUUUUUCAAAUUUUCUCUGGGAGAUUGAGAAAUUCUAUGUGCAUGUAGCUAAUGGCCCCUUCCCUUCCCUUCCCAAGAGGAAUGGUUAUAUCAGUAAACUAAAUGGAUGAUACAGUAUCAUCACGUAGCUGUUUUGGCUCGGAACUGGUGUGUUGAUAUGUAGCCCAUUUGUGUAUAUAGACCUGUAAAUAAAAGCUUCAGUUUGUAUUGAUGUCCAUUUCAUGUAUAUUUUUCAUUAAUAUGACUUGACAAGUGAAUACGUAUUUAAAUUUGAACGUUGAUAGACAACAAAGGAACCUGAUAAACAUAUUAAUCCACUGUGUAGUUUUGUUCUAUUUUUGUUUUCCUUUGAAUGUGAAUAGUUCUAUUUGUGUGUGUAAAUAUAUGAACAUCUAAAAACCCAUGUUGAAAUGAUAUAUGAAAAAAAUGUUGCUCAGUGUUGUUUUUUAUAUAUAUAUAUAUAUAUAUAUAUAUAUAUAUAAACAUUUUCCCUCUUUUCUAUAUUUUAUUUAUUUUUCCUUCAGUGAUUGUAAAUACGUUGAUAAUAGACACCUUUCUUGUAGCCGACUUGUAUCUUCUCUGUAAACUUCACUGGAUAUGAAAAUUCACCUUAAAAUGUUUGCAACUAACACUUUUAUUUAGAUAUAUGGAUAUCUUCAUUGAAUUCGUAUUUUUAUCACAACUUGGAACACUUUGAAAUUGUUUGUAAAUAAAGCUGCAAAUGUAACAUCAGAAAGUGAACAGCAUAAAUGUUGCUAUUGAAUAUAUAUGUUGUGCUAUUCCGUGUAGUCUCCUAACUAGUCAAAUGUUUCACUGUUCACUUGUUUGUUCCCGGACACCAUCACUAGACAAUAUACUGUAGAUCAUUUUGCCUAUAAUCUUGGAGAAGCUUAAUGUUGAUGUUUAUUUCUAGUUAUAAGCAGCAUAACAAAUAAUAAAUAUAUAUAUAAAUGAUUAUGAAACAUGUGUAAUUUACUUGUAUGAAUGAUAGUGCUGUUUUGAUUGUUGAUAUUUGAUAUUUUUUCUCGUUAUUAUUUUUGCGUGUUUUUUUUUGUACAGUAAUAUGCACAGCUCUGGGUCCAACCUAGAUUUAUUGGUGUCUCUGACGCUAUUGUUACUCCUCCAUUGUCUUAUUGUUGUAUAAAAAUGGUGCAAUGAAAACAUGUUUUGAUAUGUCCAUAUAAUAAAGUUUUAUUUUUCUUAGAUUUGAAUGUAGCUGGCCCACUUAUGCAGUUGAAUGGUUUAUGCAUUUGAAGUGCAGAUGUGUACUUUCCACUUCCAACAGAAACUACAUACAUGAACACACUGUAAAAUCCAUAUAUUUGAGUUAGUGACAGUGUGAAAUGAAACCAAUGUCUGUUGAGGUAAAAAAAAAAAAAGGGGGGGGGGGGGGGCGGUUGAAGUAAAUUUAAGUCUUGUUGAAGAUGGUUUUUUUUUCAUUGCUAGGUUUUUUUAAAAAGAUAGGAAAAAAACCUUUAUUCAUGAUAGUUCUUAAUCCAAAAUUAUUUUUUCAUAUCGGUAAUAUUUCAAUAAGGUAAGAAAACAUUGCCAACCAAAAAACUAAUACAUAACACAUUUGAGGUAUUGUUUGGGGUUUUGUAUCAUCAUUAGAUCCUAUCUAGUUGGGAGUGGUUAGUACAUAUCCACACCUUGUUACCCUGAUAUUGCUGUUGAGUGGCCACCUCACCGCCUGGCUCACCUCACUGCUUAUAUUAUUGUACAACACCGUGCUUCAUACACCUAUACUACCAGAUAUAUACCCAGUCACAUCAAUCAUGUUUUUGUUGGGGAAAUCAAGAUAUAAUGAUUAAUAACUUAUGCAUUCAUUGUACAUGUUCUGAUCAAUUAGGGCUAGAUAGAAAUUAUCUGUAAUUCUGUGUGUUUUUGUCCUUGAAUGUUUUAAUAUUUUUCAUCUUGUAUCGUUUCUCCACAAAAGUAAUUUUGUUGUUGUUGUUGUUGAUUUGUCACUAUAUAACCAAAUCACCACCCCUCCCCUUCACAGUUGUUCCCCUUCCAGACCUCGUACCCCCUCUGAUUGUUAUCCUGAGGGAUUGUCCCCUGUACAGUUCCAUUGGUGUGUAUAUCACGGUAACCAUAGCUGACACGGCUAUCAAAGUAAGGCUUGAUGUGCUGUAAUCAUAUUGUUUUGAUUGGUAAAUAUAUUUGAUGGUUAUUUUUGUAAAAAGUUGAAAGAAGAAUAAAAAAUGUUUUGACAGAGUACCGAUAUAUAUGUGGUGUGAUAAUUCACUUCUGCACAGUUUUUUUCUCUAAUGUCCUAGUGCAGAUUUACAUGUGUAAAGUUCCAUGUUCUUUUUCAUUUAUUGUGUGUAAUUGGUGUUGAUAUGAUUUUGAUGUUUUUAAUGCUUUGACUGGGCCGAGGAUCACAGGGCUUUUGUAAGACAUGUUAUUAACUACUGCAUUUUACUUAUAAAUAAGUUUUCAGAGGCUGUACAAGUAUACAAAUGUUCGACUUUGUUUGAAAAUUAUUCUGAAAUAAUUGUUUUCAAGGUCAUAUCCAGAAUAUUGGUAAACAGUGAAUGUAAACCUUUAACCAGUGUUCUUAAUUGACAUCAUUUGGUCGAUUAUUUAUUACUAUUUUACAUUAAAGCCGCUAGACAAAAUUGGUAGUGUGGCAUAUAUCAAAGCUUGUUUAUGACAACUCCGCCGAUCCAGAUCAAAUAAUUCAUAUUAUAUCCAAAAUUUGCUAUAGCAUUUUAAAAUAAAACAAGUUUAGACAAAUUAGUCGUAGAAAAGUUUUGGUGUAUUUUGCUUUCCUGGAAUUUAACAAUAACAAGAUUUUUAUUUAGUCUUUGACAUUAUGGUAGCUUUGUUUAGGCUUAAACUCUCGAUAGCUACAGACAGGUGUUUACUAGUCCUGCUGCUGUUUCAUCCUCUGCCCAGUCAGAGUUUUGUUCAAUUUUGUGAAGUUCUUAUUUAAAAGAUGUUGAACAUGUUUGAUGUCAUUGGACAUGGUAGGUCGGCGGUCAGAGUUCCAAGUUGGGCUGUAGAAUGAUAUUCCAUUCUUCUUGGAUUCGAAAGAACUGGGAGGCUUAAGAGAAUGAGAGUUAAUUUUCAGUUGUUUUUUUGUCCGAGUUUGGUGCAUUAGUACAAGUUGUUGAUUAUUUGAGUGUACACAACUAAGUAUUGUAACUGCUGUGAGAGUGUGGCCGUCUAAAUGAUGUGUACAUAAAGAGGAUUUAAAUGUGUGUGAUAUACUGGUGAUACAGAUUUUAUAGAGGUGUAAGAGAUUAGUUAUUAGGUUUGACAUUACGUGUUGUGAAGACAGUCAAGUCUAUAUAUAUAUAAAGUUUAUCUUUUAUCUUAUAAUAAUAAAAUAUCUUUGCUACAUUAAUGGGGUAAUCUUCGGUUAUUUUGUGAAAAUUGAUAUAAAACCUUUAUUACCUUUGACACAUCAGGGUUUUUUUGGCUUUGAAAGUUGGGACAUUUCCAUUAUUUUGAACACCCCUCCCCCACCCCGGUAAAUUUACUCCUUGUUUUACCCCAGACUGCUGGAUCUGUUUUACAAAGCAGCUGUAUCUUCACUCCUGAGUUUGUGUUUCAACAGGUCUGUUACCAGUAGUCUGGUGUAAUUGGUCUGUUGAAAUAGAAUGUAAUAUCAACUUAAAAUGUGGAAAAAAAUAAAAAUAAAAUUAACUUUAAAAAGAUGGGAAAGUAUCAUGAGGAGUGUCUUGCUAUAGAAGAUUCACUUGUUAUAUGGAAAUAAACAGGAUCAAGAAUAUUAUCAACUUCUGUCUGAUGAACAAGUGUGUCGCACUUAAAAAAAACCC